AUGCCGAUUAUCUCCAGCCUCAUCAGCAAACUGGUCUGGGCCGACGGUCAGCCUCCGCAAUCCCCACAACAACAACAACAACAGCAACAAUCGACCCCCGCCGCACCGGUAGCAGCAACAACAACAUCAACAACACAAACGCCCGUUUCAGCUUCUAUCAAUGCCUCACCUUCAUCCUCGUCAAACGCGGCACGCUACCCACCCGCACAGCAGUGGGAGGAACGUCCUUACCCGCCCGUCUUCUCGGAGCGCUCCUUGAAGCAGCUCGGUCUCUUCUUCGGCGGCGCCACCUUCUUCGCCCUCUCCGUCGCCGUCUCCCGGCGCGCCGUGGCCCGACAUCUCAAGGCCUCCAAAAUGGAAAUCUUUGCGCCCAACAUGAUAGCGGGCAUGGCGCGACCCGGCAACAUCAACUCAAAGGCCCCCCGAGACCCCAUGGUCGCGGUCGAGGCGCUCAACCUGGCCACGCUCAACGUCAUCAGCUUCGCUACCAUGGCCGCCGGCGGCACCUGCUGGGCGUUUGACCUGUUGUCGGUGGAGGACCUGAGAAGGAAGGCGCGCAGGACGCUGUAUGGCGGCACCGAGGCGAACCUGGAUGAGGAGGCGGAGAGGGAGGUCGCUGAGUGGGUGGCCAAGACGUUGGGGAUUGAUUUGGAGAAGGCGGAGGAGGAGGCCAAGGGAAAGAUGUUUGGCGAGGAGGCUGUUAAGAAGCCGUGA